AUGGACAAAAAGGGUACAAAUCACAAACCAUUUGACGAUGCUGAGAUCGGCAUUUUGAAACACUAUGGGAUCGGACCAUAUAACGAUCCUAUCAAGCGUAUCGAUGAUGAUAUCAACGAUUUGACAAAUCGCAUCAAUAAGCUGUGUGGUGUAAAGGAGGGUGAUACCGGAUUAGCUCCGCCAUCUCAGUGGGACUUUGCCCUGGAUCAACAAACGCUACAGGAAGAACAGACAUUACAAGUGGCCAGAUGCACUAACAUUAUUGACCCUGGCACUGAACACUCUAAAUACAUAAUAAAUGUCAAGCAAAUCGCCAAAUUUGUUGUGGGACUAGGUGAAAAAGCAGCGGCGACUGAUUUUGAAGAGGGAAUGCGAGUAGGUGUGGACCGUAACAAGUACAAAAUACAAAUACCUCUACCUCCCAAAAUAGAUGCAGCUGUGACUAUGAUGACCGUAGAAGAGAAACCCGACAUAACUUACAAUGACAUUGGAGGAUGCAAGGAGCAGCUUGAGAUGUUAAGGGAAGUGGUGGAAAUGCCACUAUUACACCCUGAAAAAUUUGUCUCUUUGGGCAUCGACCCGCCCAAAGGUGUACUGCUCUAUGGCCCUCCCGGUACAGGCAAAACGCUCACAGCCAGAGCAGUCGCAAAUCGCACGGAUGCUUGCUUCAUUUGCGUUAUAGGCUCAGAGCUCGUGCAAAAAUACGUGGGCGAAGGUGCUAGAAUGGUUAGAGAAUUGUUUCAGAUGGCUAGAUCUAAGAAGGCGUGUAUACUGUUUAUUGACGAAGUAGAUGCUAUUGGCGGGUCACGAGGAUCUGAAUCUGCCCAUGGAGAUCAUGAAGUCCAGCGUACUAUGUUAGAAAUUGUCAACCAAUUGGACGGUUUUGACGCGAGGGGGAAUAUCAAAGUGCUAAUGGCUACCAAUCGUCCUGACACGCUAGAUCCAGCCCUUUUGCGCCCAGGGAGAAUUGACCGCAAGGUAGAAUUUGGUUUGCCCGACCUAGAAGGUCGAAUUCAUAUUUUUAAAAUCCACGCCCGGACCAUGUCCAUGGACAAAAACAUAAGAUACGAAAUGUUGGCUCGUUUAUGUCCAAAUAGCACGGGAGCGGAUCUACGCAGCGUUUGCACUGAAGCUGGAAUGUUUGCCAUACGAGCUCGUCGCAAAUCAAUAUCAGAACGAGAUUUGAUAGAGGCAAUUGAGAGGGUUAUUAAGGGUUAUAAGAAGUUUUCGGCCACUGGCAAGUAUAUGGUGUACAACUGA